GGAGGCACACACCGGUGCCGCGAGGAUCCCUCGACGUAGUCGCGCUCGACGCCUCGAACGGCGAGCGUCUUUCUCUCUCUCUCUCUCUUCUCUGUUCUAUUACGUUCGCUAAAAAGAUAUUUCAAGAGAGAUCAAGAAACUUUGCAUUUACGCGAUAAAUUUUUACAGAAGGCGUCAAGAAAAAACACAAGAGAAUAAAGUAUUCGAUCUAUCGAGAAAAUUGAAAGACUUGCAGUGUAGAAUUGUUAGGGAGAGAAGGGAAAGAAGGAGAUCGGUGGUGUCCUGGAGGAAUACGAUAGAGAUCGGAAUUGCUCCAGAAACGAUUCCUCCUUCUUGAGAGUAAGAGAGGGAGACGAAAGAGAAAGAGAUUCGGAGAGUUUCACGUCGAGCGUUCGCUCGCUCGCUCGCUCGUUCGUUCGUUCGUUCGUUCGUUCGUUCGUUCGUACGUUCUCCUUUUACUCUCCUUUGACAUCGUCAACGAGCCUCUUUCAAUCUCGUCUCUGAUUCGCAACGAGAGGAUCGUUAGUUCGAUCUGGCAUCGAGUAAUAGUAGACAGAGAACGACUUUUCCGUCGCGUGGGAGUCGAAUACUCGCACUCGCGUGCGCCCGCGCGCUCGCGCGCGCUCCAACCAACUAGCCAGUCGGCUAGCGCACGUAAAUCGAGCUGAUAUCGAGAUUUUCAGCGAACGUUUUCAGCGUUUAGAAAGGAGAACGAGUAUCUUAGGGAGUAUAAGAAAAGUUCUUCGUAUGAGAAGAAUCUCAUCGUCAUCGUCUCUAUCUAUCUCUCUGUUUUGUUUAUGUAUACCUACAUCUAUCCGUAGCAAGCUCGAUGUAGCAAACUCGCUGGCAUACAACGUAUUGUUCUCCGUAGGUGUUUUACGAGCGUUUCGUGGAAUCUCCAAAGCAAAUGUAGAAAGUGAGACAGAGAGAGAGAGAGAGAGAGAGGGGGGAGGAAAAAGAGAGAAGGAACGAGAAGAAAGACACGAGCUUUAGGAAAACGAAAGAUUUGCUUUCGAAGAAACGUUGAAUACGUUGUUAAACAAAUUCCGGACAUCUAAAAAUCGUCGACUCGUUUGGAGAACCCUUCAUAAAAUAGCCGCGCGAAAUAGCCGCGUGUCUUCACCCGUACCGACCGCCCAGUGUUAACAGUCUCGAAGGCCAGGUGUUCGAAACUUUGGUGAAACAACGUGUAAUCAGCGCUCUCCUCUCGCGGGGUCUUUCUCGUUCUAUCUCUGUCUCUUCGUUCCGUUGACUCGACGUUUCUUAUUAAAACGACGAAGCCGAUAGCUACGGAGGAAAUGGGUCGAGAGGUUUCCGUCAGGCAAGUGUCAUUGAGUGCUUUGAAAAACAGAGACGAAGUUAUUUAACGAGUUUCGUAAGAAUAAGAAGAAAACGAAGAAGAGACAAGAAAAAAAAAGAAAAGGAAAAAGAAGAAGACAACGGCGAAGAUCUAAUCUAAUCAUUCGAUUUCAUCUACCUUUAAACGAGUUCGAUCUCUCGAUAUAUGUAUCUCGAUCUCGGAUAUGUGCUCGCGCGCUUUUUGAAAAAUAGAAGAACGCUCUUCGCGUAUCCUAGAAAGAUCUGGAAAGGUAGAUCACGAGAAUUAGUCGAGUGAACGGUGACAAACAAGGUCGACAAAAAUGAUGGGCGAACGUUUAAUGUACGAUGAGGAUGUGCGGCACUCGAUCCAGUUGACAAAGAAAAUACACGCGCCAAGUACGACUCGUUGAAAGCUGUUCUUGUUUGUCAUUCAACGCGAGACCCCCGCGCGUCGAUCGUCCUUUUGGUACACGUUGGAAAUUUCAAGUGAACUUGCUCCUCGUCGAUGCAAGGCGUAAUUGUAUUCCACGAGGGUUAAACAAUAACACGCUGGUUAACGACGUUGGAUAUCAUCGAUUGAUAAAGAUGAUAGUGCACGGCGGUCUAUUGGUGAUCCUGAAAUUGGUACUGAUUCUUGCUGCAUCGACUAUUCCAGGAACGUGGAUAAACAUGGGCGUGCAGCACUUUCCACAAUUGGAGACGGCUCAGCUGAUGGAAACUUACGACGUAGAAGCCUCGACGAUUUGCAUCGGUCUGAAGGGUCUCUCUCAGGGACAGGGGAAGCUUUGCCAAUUAUCCGUGGAUCAUAUGCCGAGCGUGGCGAAGGGCGCCAAAUUUGGAGUCCUCGAGUGCCAGCAUCAGUUUCGAGAUAGAAGGUGGAACUGUUCCACCGUCAACGAUGAAACUGUUUUCGGACCGAUCCUUAAAAUAGCAAGCAGAGAAACCGCGUUUGUACAUGCUAUCACAGCCGCGGGGGUUGUUUAUUCCAUAAGUCGAGCUUGUAGGGACGGACAAUUAUCGUCGUGCGGUUGUUCGAGAAGUAGCAGACCCAGAGAUCUUAAUCGCGAAUGGAUUUGGGGUGGAUGCGGCGAUAAUCUCGAAUAUGGAUAUAAGUUCACCCAAGCAUUCGUCGACGUAAGAGAACGCGAGCGUAGCUUCAAAAGAGGUAGUAGAGAACAAGGGAGAAGCCUAAUGAAUUUGCACAACAACGAGGCAGGACGUAGGGCUGUUAUAAAAAGGUCUAAAGUGACAUGCAAAUGUCAUGGGGUUUCUGGUAGUUGCAGCUUGAUCACCUGUUGGCAACAACUUGCGUCGUUUAGAGAAGUUGGUGAUCUUUUACUGGACAAAUAUGACGGUGCAACCGAAGUUCGAGUAAACAGGCGUGGACGAUUAUCCAUGCGGGAUCCAAGAUUUUCUUUGCCUACCGCUAAUGAUUUAGUUUAUUUGGAUGACUCGCCAAACUAUUGUCUUCCAAAUGAUACUCUUGGCUCUUUAGGUACGCAUGGACGAAUUUGUAACAGAACAUCGUCCGGUAUGGAUGGAUGUAAUCUUCUCUGUUGUGGAAGGGGUUACAAUACUCAAAAGUCAACGAUAAGGGAAAGAUGCGAUUGUAAAUUCCAUUGGUGUUGCUUCGUUGAAUGUAAAACAUGCGUUAAAAAUAUUGAUAUUCAUACCUGCAAAUAAGUUUGCACGUGUGUCAUUAUAUAUAGUAUACUUUUAAAGUUAAUAUUACUUGGAAUCCAAGUUUUAUGCCAUGAAGGUAUCGACUAACGAAAAAAAUCUAUGCAGUAUGUAGGGUGUUCGAUUCAACGUGAUCAUCUACAUACCAUCCAUUUGUAUUUAACGUUUUGCAUUAAACAUUUUUCUAUCGUUAUAUUUUUUCCUUUACGACGUACGUUUAUUACGUAAAAAAUGAAAACUAUGGGAAUUUUUGGAAAGAUGACUAAAUUAAAUUUAACACCCUACGUAAUUCGGUAGUGUAAUUCGCACUAUAUUGAUGACGGUGUAUAUUUUGAUAACAAUUUUAGAAUAAUCGUACAAAUUUUAGAUGUAUACUAGAAAUUUAUAAACGUAAUCAUAAUUUAGAAAUGUAAUUAAUUUGAUCAAAAUAUUCAUAGAUAAUAAUUUAACGAUCAUACAUAUAUGCGAAAAGCAUAUAUCAUACUUUUAUUUAAAUAAUUGAUUUUUUAUAUACGUUACUAAAAAUAGAGUACUUUUUGUAGAUGCAGUAGUAUCGAUAUAUCGUAUGGCCUAUUGGAAACUUAUAUGAACAAAGGCCUUUUACUGCACAACUGUAUUUUUACAUUACAUUCAUCAUGUAUAUCAUCUCUUUUGAUGUAUAUUUAUCGUAACUAAUAAUAUGAUGAUAAUAUGAUGAUAAUUAUUUAAAGUAUUUCACUUUCUAAAUAUUACACAGAUUUCAAAGACUCAUAUUAUAAAAAUUUAUUUAUUGUCAUUUAUAAAUAAUUAGACAUUGUAAUAAAAAAAUGACUUAAGUAAUCCAUAAACGUAUCUUUAUAUUUAUGCUUGCUCAAUAAUAUAAAUCUUAAAAACUUUAGAAACUUAUUAAAAUAUAUUUCACUUUGUGCUGUAAGAAAAACUAACCUGAAGUUUACAAAAUCGAAUGCAUUUGAAAUUUAAUAAAAUCUUGAAUUAAUAUUAAUAUAUUGAAUUAUCCUAUUUUAUUCUAUUUAUUACUAAAGUUUCAGAGUUCCUACAAAAUGUUCCAGUACAAUGUUCUAUGGUCGCAGACUCAUCAAAAAUGAUAUGUAAAGAUAAGACUGGAUAUUAUUUCCAAUAUAUGAUGUUGGAUUAAAAACGGAUUUGUUUUUACUAUUACAUAAAAAAUGAUAAACAAUUGAUAGAAUAAUUUAUUAUUCUCAGACAUCUCAAAUUCGUAUCAUACAAAUUCUUAUACUU